AUGACGGAAUAUUAUGGCACUGCCAUGGGUCUUUUACCUCCCCAUGUCUUUGCAUUAGCAGAUCAUGCGUAUACGCAAUUAAUACAAGGUGGUGCAUUAGAUCCAGCAAAUCAAAGUAUUAUUAUCAGUGGAGAAAGUGGAGCUGGAAAGACAGAGACAACGAAAAUUAUCAUGCAAUAUCUAGCACGUGCGACUAGUUCACCUAAAACAACCGAAACAAUUCAAGGGGGGCCAGCAGUAUCAGCAGCAGCAGCAGCAUCUCCAGUAUCAGUAUCAGCAGCAUCUGCAGCAUCACCAAUUGUAUCGAUGGUUGAAAAGACACAUGGUGGAAUCUCACAAGCUCUUGGCAAAUUAGAAAAACGUGUGCUUGAUAGUAAUCCAUUACUUGAAUCCUUUGGGAAUGCCAAGACAUUACGCAAUGAUAAUUCUAGUCGAUUUGGAAAAUUCAUUGAAAUUCAAUUCAAUCAUCAUGGAAAAAUUGUUGGGGCACAGAUUUUGAAUUUCUUGUUGGAGAAAACACGCAUUGUGUCACAGAGUUUGGGAGAACGUAAUUAUCAUAUUUUCUAUCAGUUAUUAGCUGGUGCGGAUAAUGCUUUGAGAGAACGAUUGGAAUUACAAACGCCACAGGAUUAUGAAUAUUUGAGAAAAAGUGAAUGUUUUCAUAUCCAUUCGUGUGAUGAUGCAAAGGAAUUUGUCAUUACGAAGAGAUGUAUGGAAACGAUUGGGAUUAUGGAAGAUCGACAAGAAAUGGUGUUUGAAUUACUUGCUGCAGUACUGCAGAUUGGCAAUUUACAUUUUGCAAUGGAGAAUGAUAUGUGCGUCAGUGUUGAAGAUGAUUCCGUCCAUGGCAUGAAACUUGUCGCGUCGUUGCUGAAAGUGAGUGAAGACGCGCUGUCCAAAGCUCUACUGACUCGGCAACUUUAUGUGGGAGGUAAGGUUAUUGUCCAGCAGCAAAACUCGGAGCAAGUUCGAGACAAGCGGGAUGCGCUUGCGAAAGGCAUUUACUCGUCGCUGUUCUUGUGGCUUGUGUCCGAGCUGAACAGAACGAUUUCGCGCAACCAGGACAAGUGGGGCUUCAUUGGUGUGUUAGAUAUCUACGGAUUUGAAAAAUUCGAGUGGAACACGUUCGAGCAGCUGUGCAUUAAUUACGCUAAUGAGAAGCUGCAACGACACUUUAACCAGCACAUGCUAGAGGUUGAGCAGAACGACUAUACCAAGGAGGGGAUCGACUGGAAACACAUUGACUUUGAAGACAACCAAGAGUGCUUAGAUUUGAUUGAAAGCAAAGUAAAUGGCAAACCAGGUAUUUUUAUCUCGUUGGAUGACAACUGGCGGCUUAAAGGGGAAGAAGCAAACAAAAAGUUUGUGUCAAAUUUGCACAACUCUUUUGGCCGCACGUCUAGUGGACACUCGAGCUGUAAGAACAAGUUCUACGUGCACCCGAAGAUGGAUGCAGAUUUGCACUUUGGUAUCAAGCACUACGCCGGUGAAGUGAUCUAUGACGCAAGUGGUUUUAACGACAAAAACAAUGAGACGUUGAAUGACGACAUGAAAGAGCUUAUCCGGCAAUCCAAGAGCGAUUGGCUGCGUGGAAUCUUUGAUCUUAACAUGCAGUCGAUCGAGGCUAUACCUGGUAACAAGACACAACAGCAGCACUCCAUUUCUCGACGCCCAAGCGAGAUGAAAGGAAAGGGCAUGCCUAAACAGGGAAACAAAUCACGGAAUAUUCGGGAAGUGUCUGUUAGCGCUCAGUUUCGGUACCAGUUGCAAGAGCUCAUUAACAAGAUUUCGCUGGCAAAUCCACGAUAUGUGCGUUGCAUUAAGCCGAACGAAUUUAAGCGCCCAAAUGAGCUUAAUGACGCAGAUUGUGCGCGCCAGCUGAAAUACUCUGGCAUGAUGGAGGCGAUUCAGAUUCGCCAGCGCGGUUUUGCUCUUCGUGAAGAUCACGAUGUUUUCUUCUACGAUUACCAGUCUCUUGCGCCUGAUGCUGAGAACAUCACGCAGCUAGUUGAGGAGAUUUCAUCCAUGUUGGGUGCCGGAAAGGAAGAGUGGCAGCUGGGCAAAACAAAGGUAUUUUUGAAGAGAACGAUGGCCCUCAAGUUGCGAAAACUUGAAAUGCUGCGGUGCAAAUCUGCUGCCCGCACCAUCCAGAAAUGGGUUCGCAACAUUGCGAGAGCGGAAUCUGCUGUCAAAAUUCAAACGAAAGCUCGUCAGUUCAUCGCGAAGAAGCAGCUGCAGCGACUUCGUUGCAGUGCGUACCGUGUGGUGGGUCUUCUUCGGAUGCGUGUAGCUAUGAGCAAGUACCAGCGAAUGCGCGCUGACUACCGUGUGCAAAACGAGAAGGCAGCAAUUAUACAGAAAAUUGUCCGCGGGCAUUUGGUCCGUAAGCGUGAUUUGCUUCAUCCGUUUGGCGAUAUGGGUCCCAAGGAGUUGGAUGUAAAAAUUGCAGAGAUGGAAGAGGCCAUUGAAGAUGCUGCAGUCAGCAAACAGUUUGAAUUGUGUGCAAACUUGCAACUAGAGCUUGAGAAGAUUGUGGAGGCUCGAAAGAAGGUUCGUACCGUGAAGGAGAUUGAUGCAGAAAUCAAGAAGUUAAACAAGGAUAUGGAGGCGGCUGCAAUGUCAAAGCAGUUUGGUUUGUGUGCGGAACUACAAAAGCAACUUGAGGUGCUGCAAGAAGCUCGGAAGCACGUGAGGGAAGACCUAAAUGAACUAGAACCGGAGGAACUUGAUGAGCGUAUCCGUGCAAUGGAAACUGUUAUUGCUGAGGCAAUGGCUGCACGAGACUUUGGCAAGUGCAGCGACCUGCAAAUUAGCUUGGACGCCUUGGUGUCUGCUCGGAAGAAAAAGCAAACUUCAGAGGAAUUGGAUGCUGAAAUAGAGAAGCUGAACCAGGAGCUUGACAAUUUGAUGCAAAGGAAGCAGUUCGAUAAGUGUGCUCAGCUUCAGAAGGAUAUUGACGUCGCAAAGAAGAAAAGGGCACUGUUUCCUGCUGUUUCGAAGUCUCCUACUCCACCAUCUUCUUCAUCAAAACCUGAGCCACCAUUAGAAUCAACUAUACUUCCUUCCACGAAGAAGGAAACGCCUCCGUUAGGGGAACCCAAAAUAGAGCCAACUACGCCCGCACCUCCGUCAAACAUUGAUUGCGACGGUAUUGCUUCUGCGAGUGGGUCUUGUUUGUUGGUGCCAGCAUCAUCACCUGCGGCUUUUCCUGGUGUGAAGCGGCCUGUUUCAAACGUAUUUCAGGCAGCACCAACACCUCAGUUAGCACAACCACCGCAUCUAUAUCCGGCCGUACAGGCUUCUCCAGUAGCGUCGACUCCAGUACAACCGCAUGAAGAUCAUUCAGCCGCUGUUGUACCGGUAAAUGACUAUGUUGCCCCUAAAGGAGUUCCUACGGCACCUGGUUUGACGCCUAGGCGGCCACCCGCAAUUUAUAAUGGUCCUUCUCCUAGUGUCCGGUGGGACUCAAAUACUAUGACUCCUGUGAUGCCUCCAAUCAAGCCGCCAGUGUUUGAGCACCGUCUGCGCUCAGGUUCGAACAGCUCGGCAACGUCGGGGGAUUCGUUUGCGAGGUCGCAUUCAUCGAUGAUGUCUACAUCGUCUAAAGCGAAGAAGUCGUCGUCGGCAGACCCGUCAAGAACAGUUGCUCGCCUUCGUCCGGCGAAGGCGAUUACGGUUAACGAAGAGUCAACCGUUUUAGAAGCUGCAAGAAUGAUGAAGUCUCAUCGUGCUGCCGCUGUUCUGGUGACCAACUGGGAAGGUGCCUUGACCGGUAUCUUUUCUGACACAGAUGCAGCACGGCGUGUGGUGUCGAAGGGUAUGGAUCCCGCCAGGGUCGCUAUUGGUUCCGUGAUGACGCCGAACCCCACUUGUGUUAGUUUGAAUGAUAGCGCAGUGGAUGCGAUGGAUACAAUGCUUAGCGGAAAGUUUCGCCACUUGCCAGUAGUUAGUUCUCACGACGGUAACAUCGUUGGAGUGCUUAACGUGGCGAAGUGCUUGCACGAUGCAAUUCGACGAGUCGAAAACAUGUCAGCUUCACUCCAGCAAGAGCUUGGUGCAAGCGGGGACAAUGCCAUGUUGCGCGCAACACUUGAAAAAAUGCUGUCCCCUUCGCUCCGUGAUGUGUUGUCGGCGCCAGGUGAGGUUAUGCCACCACUAGUGUAUGGUAAUAUGACAGUUUAUGAGGCAACAACGUACAUGGUAGAGACCAGACGACCAGUUAUGGUGAUGUCGUCUAAUCCAGGAGCACAGGAUCUGGUUGGAAUCUUUACUCCAAAGGACGUGUUGCUUCGUGUAAUUGCGGAAGACUUAGACGCUAAUACGACAUUAGUUAGUGACGUGAUGACUCCCAAUCCUGAAUCAACAGCACCGGAGACUUCGGUGCUGGAUGCCUUUCACAUCAUGCAUGAUGGAAAGUUCUUGAGUUUGCCGGUGGUGUCUCCGGAUUCUGGCGAAGUUUUAGGUGUGGCUGAUGUUAUUUCCAUUAGUUUGGCAUCUUUUGGCGAAUCUCGCGACAUCAGCAAGCUCUUUAACGCUGCUUUUGAGUAUCACGAUGAUGAAACUACCUCGAUGACGUCUGGAAGGUCGACGUCCAAUUUGUCUGUUGCUAGCAAGGUGCGCCAGCAAAAAGACCGCGACAAGGGUGUGAACGUUCGUCCCGUAUCCAGCCUACGUCCUCUCCCGGCUAUCACUAUUGAUGAGGUCGCAUCUGUGUUUGAAGCUGCAUUGCUGAUGAAACAGAAACGGACGGACGCGUUGCUUGUUGUGGAUGAGGCUGGAGGUUUGAAUGGCAUUCUAACUGAUACGGAUGUUUGUCGCCGUGUGCUAGCACUGAACUUGAUUCCAGAGGAGGUACCUGUAUGUAACGUGAUGACAAGAGACAUCAAGUAUGUAUCGCCCAACGAUAGUGCAAUUGAUGCUCUGCUGUCCAUGCAAGAGGGGCAUUUUCGCCAUUUGCCCGUUGUCGACGGUGGCCGUAUUGUUGGUGUCUUGAACAUCGGCAAGUGUAUUUACGAUGUCUCGAAGCGCCUCGAACAUGCUAUGCAAUCUACGGAUCAAUUGAAGGCGUCGCUGGAAAAGAGUGGCAAGUCAUCAACUCUUCAGCAGCUGCUUGGUCCGAUGCUAGAAAAGUUGUCGGCACCCACAUUGAGUUCAAUCAUUGACAACGAAACCCGGAAUGGUUCGAUGCCAGCUCCACGUUUUCCGAAGUCGUCUCUUGUCAGUGACGUGGUGAAGGCAAUGGCUUCGACAAAAAAGGCGGCGCUUAUUGUCGACGAUAUCAAUUUUGAUAAGCUGAUUGGUAUUUUUUCUCCAAACGAGCUGGCCCUUAACGUUAUUGCUAAGGGGCUAAAGGCUUCAGCCACGUAUGUGGAAGAAGUGAUGCUGAAUGACCCUGAGAUUGCCACGCCUUUGACGUCUGUGUUGGAUGGCCUGCACAUUAUGCACGAUUCCCGCAUACUUAACCUGCCUGUUCUGAAGGAUGAAUCGAACGAGCUUGUUGGUAUGGUUGACGUACUUGAUCUCAGCUACGGCACGAUCGAUGCAAUCUACGGUGAGAACCGCGAGCAAAUGCAAGAGUUCUGGAAUACGACGCUGGAACUGGAUCAGCCAUCUCUUCCGUCGGAAGCAGGCGGCCGAGAGCGUACCACGUUGAUGUCGAGGGCCGAACGUGAGGAAAAGAGCCGUACUGUGGCGAAGCUACGGCCUACUAAGGUGCUAACUGUACUAGAGUCGACAACUGUUGCGGAGCUAUCACGGACUAUGGGGCGCAACAAGAUGGACUGCGUGCUGGUGGUGUCGGAAGACGGAACGCUGAGUGGAAUUAUUACAGACACGGAUCUGACGCGCCGGGUCGUGUCAGAAAAUCGGCCGUUAGGCUCAACGCUGGUGGGUGAUGUAAUGACUCGCAAUCCUGUCUUUGUGUCAAUGGACGACCCUGCCAUUGAUGCGCUUAUUUCCAUGCUUGAGGGCAAGUUCCGCCAUCUACCGGUUGUCGAGCGUAAUGGUCCCGUCGUGGGUAUCUUAAACAUUGCAAAGUGUUUGUACGAUGCGAUUCGGAAGAUGGAGAAGUCAGAGCAAUCAUCUGUGGCGUUACGGCAGACGCUAGAGAAAGAGAUGAAGAGCCGCGUGAAUGGUGGUGCUCGUGCUGGUGGCGUCUCUCAACUUCUUAGCUCCAUGGUGAAUAAGAUGUUCUCACCUGACAUCAAAACAGUGAUUGAUGAAGAAGGUAUUAAUCCCCCUUGUGUAGAGCGGUACACUUCUGUGUAUGAAGUGUCGAAGCAAAUGGCUAUCAAGAAGAAAGGAGCUCUAGUUAUAAACAAUCGUGGGCAAUGCUGUGGCAUUUUUACGCCCAAAGAGAUGCUGGAAAAGGUGCUUGCACGUGGUUUGCCCGUUCACACUACACCUGUCUGCGAAGUGAUGCUGGAAAAGAAUGUAACUAUCAACGGGUCAGCUUCGGUAAUUGAUGCUAUGCACACGAUGCACGACAACAAGACGUUGUACCUCGCGGUGGUGCAGUCCGAGGCGAACAGCCAGCCCAUCGGUCUAAUCGACGUGCUUUCUCUGAGCUACGGUUCUUUUGCGAAGGGCAAGCCAAGUGAAUGGAAAUCCUUUUGGAAUGCUUCAUUCGAAGCAACAGAUGACGACGGUGUAUCGUCACAGUAUAGUUUCCGCAGUGGAAUCUCGUACAAUCUCGCACCAAGCAGCAGUGGAGUGAGCCAAAAGGGUCGACAGGCAACUUUGGCGACGGGCAAUGUGCGCCCUGUGUCAAAGUUGCGGCCGUCGAAGGCCAUCACGAUUUCGGAGACAUUUUCAGUUGCUGACGCUGCCAAAGAGAUGAGUAUCACGCAGACGGACGCUGCAUUGGUCAUUGGACGUGAUGGUGGGCUUCUUGGUAUUCUUACAGACACUGAUGUGACUCGACGUGUGGUGGCAUUGGGCAACGAUCCGUUCUACGUGAGCGUGCUGGAUGCGAUGACCCCGGACCCAAAGUUUGUGGACGAACGUGAUAGUGCUAUGGAUGCUAUGUUCAUGAUGUUGGAGGGCAAAUUCCGUCACCUGCCCGUCGUAGACGAAACAGGUAUGGUUGCGGGCAUGCUUCGUAUUCAAAAAUGCUUGUACGAUGCGAUUACGCGUAUCGAAAAGGUGCAGCAAUCGUCCAGCGGCUCGCUUCGGCAACGCCUUGACAAACAGUUACAGGCAACUGGCAUUGCCUCCGGUCCAGGCGCCCUGAAGCAGCUUGUAGGCCCCAUGGUAGAGAAGCUGCUUUCACCAACGGUGGACUCGAUUCUGGAAGAUGAGACGCUUCCUCCUCUAGUAAGUGAGCAUGAUACGGUAAUGGAAGUGGCUCGUCAGAUGGCUGCAUCCCGUAAAGCUGCGCUCAUUGUGGAGGACUUGAGCUGUGAUAACGGCUCGUCUGUGAGUGGAGGACACCGCUCUUCAAUCAGCGGGGGAGGCUACGACAUCGGCACUUCGGCACUUACUAGAAAGGUGCUGGGUGUGUUUACGCCAAAGGAUCUGUUGCUGCGAGUGACUGGCGCAGGUUUAGAUGCUGCUGAGACCACAGUCGGUCAAGUUAUGACGCAUAAUCCUGAAACUGCUCCGCCGAACACCAAGCUUGUUGAAGCGUUGCACAUCAUGUAUGAACAUGACUUCCUGCACUUGCCGGUUGUUAACGAUGAGACGACCACAAUUGUGGGCAUGCUGGACGUGUUGUCCUUGUGCUACGGAACGUUUGCGAGCGGUGCAGCAGCUAAAAGUGGCAAAACCAUCGAUGGAGACUCGGAUUGGCGCGCGUUCUGGGACGUGUCGCUGGCGCUUGGCCACGACGAAGAUGAAUUUAGUGAGCUUGCUAGCAUGACUGGCUCGCGAAUUUCACGCCGGCGUCCAGGCAAGUACACGGAAAGCCACCAUUCGUCCAUGAGGGACCAUGUCCCCGAACCAGAGGGCGCAAUGCGUCCUGUAUCGAUGCUUCGACCUCAGGAGGUGACUCGCAUUAACGAGUUCAUCACUGUAGCCGAAGCGGCGAAGCGCAUGCGGCAAGCUCGUGUCGAGGCAGUUGUUGUGACGACGGAGGAGGGUGAGCUUCGUGGUAUCUUGACGGACACGGACAUCACCCGCCGCGUAUUAGCUGAAGGACUGGAUCCGGAGAGUUGUUCAGUGGCUUCAGUUAUGACCACAAAGCCUUCUUGCGUGUAUAUGGAGGAUCAGGCUAUUGAGGCUAUCACAAAGAUGCUUGAGGGCCGUUUUAAGCACUUACCCGUGGUUGGCUCUGACGGCACGCCGCAAGGCAUGCUGGAUAUCUCCAAGUGUUUGUACGACGCCAUUACGUGUCUGGAAAAGGUGCAGCAGUCAACAGAGGCAGCAGCAUCUGAAUUCUCACGGGAUCUUGGCACCGGGUCGAACUUGCAACGGUUGCUUGGCCCUAUGAUGGAGAAAAUGGUGCGGCCGACCGUUGGAGACGCGCUUGACGGUGAGCUCAUGCCGCCUGUAGUUACUGUUCAUACCACGGCGGCGCGCGCUGCCAAGCUGAUGGCGAACACGAAGAAGGCUGCCAUCGUUCUAAGCGAUGAACAGGAGCUGUGUGGUAUGGUAACGACGAAGGAUCUAUUGCGCAAGUUGGUAGCCAAGGGUCUGUGUGCAGAAACGACGACGGUGGAAGAAGUGAUGACAGUCGAUCCGGAUCUGAUGGGGCCUGAUGUGAGCAUCGUGAACGGCUUGCGCGCCCUGCACGAUGCUGGCCAGCUGUUCAUGCCAGUGCUGGCAGACGAUGGCGAAAUAUUGGGCAUGGCUGACGUCAUAUGCCUGAGCUAUGGUCAGUUCCAGACUACGUCUGGUGGCACUUCAAAUGGUGACUGGAGACAGUUCUGGCAAAUAGCGAUGAACCUUCAGGAAGAAGUAGCGGGAGGUGCGUUCGGAGGCAUGGACGAUGAUGCACGAUCUGUUGGCACGAUUGAAGAGUUUGAGCGUGGCGAGUACAAUGCUGGAGAUAAUGCAUCGACUCCGACGGCAAGUGCUGUGGGCCUUAAUGGAGCCGGUCGGUAUUCAAAUUCACUGGGUGCGUAUGCGGAGCUAGGUGAGAGUGUUUCGGUUGUCAGCGGUGCAAAUACGACAGCAACGAGCGUUCUGAUGCAGAAGGUGUCGGACGAGAAUAUGUUUAUCUUUAAGGUGAGUGGCGGCCCGCAGGGUCAUUUUCACCGAAUCAUGUGUAACUUCAACUCGAUGGGUCCGCUUCUGGAGCAGAUUCGGUUCAAAAUGGGACUCGAUGACAAUGAAGCACUGCGUCUCACAUACGAGGAUGACGAAGGGGAUUUGGCGCUGCUAACGUCCGAUGAGAGUCUCAUUGAGGCUGUGCAUAUGGCCCAGCGUGCAGGAUGGAAACGGCUAGUACUUGUGGUAGAUGUAGUGACGCGUCGACACUACGACGGCAAUGGCAGCGUCGUGUCCAUGGCCAGUUCAGUUGCGAGUGGUGCUAGUAGUGGAUCAAAUGUCGUUGGCCCCAAGCCGCGCAACCGAUUGUUAACCAAAGUAGACGAAAUGUCGUCGUCUGAAAGCAGUUCCGAGGAAGAGAUGGUGCGACGUAAAAGCAAGAAAUCUCGUCGCAAGAGCAACCGUGGUGUUCGUGGUAUGUCUCUCAGCAACAACAUGAUUGCUGGUGGUGCAAUGACACUAGUGGGUCUAGGUGCCGUAGCGUUAAUGAUGUUCCGGCGUAAAUAA